AUGGCCAAGGCUAUGGUCCGUAGCCCGCGUGAGGCAUUGCUCUGGGCCUUCAAUGAUCUUGAGGAGAAUAACUUCAAGAUACUGAAGUUCCACUUGCGGGACAGAAGCCUGCAGGAGGGCCAGUGCCUGCUGGCCCGAGGGGAACUGGAGAGCCUGAGUCGCGUGGAUCUGGCUUCCCGGCUGACUCUCAUAUAUGGACACCAGGAGGCUGUGAAGGUGGUGCUCAAGGUCUUGACGGUCAUGGGUCUGCUGGAACUUGUGGAGCAGCUCAACCACAUUUGUCUGAAUGAUUACAGAGAAAUAUACCGAGAGCAUGUGCGCAGCCUGGAGGAGAGGCAAGAAGGAGGAGACAAGAGCAGCUAUAACCAGCUGCUUCUGGUGGCCAAACCCAGCUCAGGGAGCCCAGAACUGCCUGCUUGUCCCAUCCUAGAGCAAGACCUGGACUCAGUCACGGUGGAGUCUCUCUUUGAUCCAAGGGAAAAUCCCUGCAAACACCCACCCCUUGUGGUGCUGCAGGGGAAUGCUGGCACUGGAAAGACAACACUGGUCAGAAAGAUGGUGCUGGACUGGGCCUCCGGCACCCUCUACCCAGGCCAGUUCGAUUAUGUCUUCUAUGUGAGUUGCAGAGAAGUGGUCCUGUUCCCGAAGGGCCGACUGGAAGAGUUCAUCUUUUGGUGUUGUGGGAACAGUCAAGCUCCAGUCUCGGAGAUUCUGAGGCAGCCAGAGAGGCUUCUGUUCAUCCUGGAUGGCUUUGAUGAGUUGCAGAGACCUUUUGCAAAGGGAUUGCAGAGGCCAACUCGGAGUUCCAUGGAGGCUGUGCUGCACCUUCUAAUUAAAAGGGAGAUCCUGCCCAAGUCUUCCCUUCUCAUCACCACUCGGCCUCUGGCUUUGCGAACUCUGGAAUCUGUUCUGAAGCAUCCACGUUUUGUCCACAUCCUAGGCUUCUCAGAGGAUGAGAGGAGGAAGUAUAUCAGCUCCUAUUUCACAGAUGAGGAGCAAGCUCGAAAUGCUUUUGACAUUGUUCAAAGAAAUGGGGUUCUGUACAAAGCAUGUCAGGUUCCUGGCAUUUGUUGGGUGGUCUGCUCCUGGCUGAAGAGGCAGAUGGAGAGAGGCAGAGAGGUUUCAGAAAUGCCCAGUAAUGACACUGAUAUAUUCAUGGCUUAUGUCUCCACUUACCUUCCAUGCAGUGACAGUGCUGGCAGCUCAGACCUUACGCGGAACAAAGUCCUGAAGGGUCUGUGUUCCUUGGCAGCAGAAGGGAUCAAGCACCAGAGGUUCAUGUUUAAUGAAACUGACCUGAAGAACCAUGAUUUAGAUGGUCCCAGUCUUGCUCCUUUCCUUUAUAGUAGUGAUUACCAAGAGGGACUUGAAUUGAAGAAGCUCUAUAGCUUUCACCACAUUAUUUUCCAGGAAUUUUUUAAUGCUGUUUCCUACCUAGUGAAAGAGGACCAGCAAGGGAAAGAGUCUCUUAGAGAAGUGAGUAGGCUGUUGCACGAUGAGCAGCAGGCAGGGAAUGAGGAGAUGACACUCAGUAUGCACUUUUUGUUGGACAUAUCCAAAAGAGAAAGCUCCUCAAACUUGGAGCUAAAGUUUUGUCUCAAAAUUUCCCCCUCUAUAAAGCAAGAUCUGAAGCAUUUUAAAGAACAAGUGGAAUCCAUGAAGCAUAGGAGGACUUGGGACUUGGAAUUCUCGCUGUAUAAUAAGACAUUAAAUAAUCUGCUAAAGGGAGUUCAGAUGGGUGACAUAUCAUUUAAGAUGAAUCAUUCAAAUGAAAAGAAAUCCAAGAUUGGGAACUCAUUUUAUGUCAAAACCAGCUUGAGAGAUGGUCAGAAAGAGGAGGAAAAAUAUCCUGUUGUGGGCAAAGGGACAGAAAAGAAGGCUUUGAGUGGAAAAAGACUGGAGGAUGGAGGAGAGAGUAGCAGUAGAGCAGGACGCAGGGAAGUGGAUAUAGAAGAACCAGAAGGUCAAAAGAAUCCUGGAGUGGAGGCAUAG